AUUGUACAGUCUGCCGGAACACAACAAUUUGCCUCUGCCUACACCUUGUGUUUCACCUUUCAUUCCUACACACAUCUCAUACCUUACCUGCAUCUGUUCACAAAGCUUCUUGAAAGGAAAGAACAAUCCAAGUUUGUUGCAUUCAUCGCAAGUCCUUCAUUUUUUGUAAGCAACGCCCUUCUUCUCAUCAGCCCCUAGGACCUGGAGUCAACCAACAUCGUAUCAAGCAAAACUGAACGCAAUGCCCGAAUCCACAGAAAUUGAAACGAGAAGUUUUCAAACAACGUCAACCCUUCAGCACGACAAAUGCAGUCCAGAGAGCGUGGAGCAGUCCUGCAGCUCGUGGUCAAACAACGACUCGGAGUAUACAUUUGGGAUGCACCAGCCAUUCAACGACAACAGUGCCUCUGCCUGCGAUCUUGAGUUCUCAAUUGAGUUCGAGAAGAACCUACAGUCGUUCGUUGGAAACAAGAAGUCCCACUUUGGAGAGUGCGGACCAUGGGCGGGCAAGACUGACAAGAGCGAGAAGUGGCGAGAUUUGCUUUGAAUAGUGUAUACUCAAUUCAUAUUCUUUAGUGGACAUAACAUGUUCUGUAAAUAAACUGUUUCAUGGCAUU